UCAUUUGUCAUUCUACCUGGUAUAAUGACGGAGGAGUUAUAUUCCCGGUCGUACGGACCGACGGACAGACCGCCUAGGUCAAAUAUCUCACCUUAAGUACCAUCCUUGGAUCAUAAGCUUUCAUCUGACACCUCAUUUAUCAUUCAAGCUGGUAUAAUGAUGGAGGAGCUAUAUUCGCGGUCGGACAGACCGCCAAGGUCAAAUAUCUCACCUUUAGUACCAUCCUUGGAUUAUCAGCUUUCAUUUGACACCUCAUUUGUCAUUCUACCUGGUAUAAUGACAAAGAAGUUAUAUUCGCGGUCGUACGGACCGAAGGAAAGACAGCCUAGGUCAAAUAUCUCACCUUUAGUACCAUCCUUGGAUCAUAAGCUUUCAUCUGACACCUCAUUUAUCAUUCAAGCUGGUAUAAUGAUGGAGGAGUUAUAUUCGCGGUCGUACGAACCGACGGAAAGACAGCCUAGGUCAAAUAUCUCACCUUUAGUACCAUCCUUGGAUUAUAAGCUUUCAUUUGACACCUCAUUUGUCAUUCUACCUGGUAUAAUGAUCGAGGAGUUAUAUUCGCGGUCGGACAGACCGACGGACAGACAGCCAAGGUCAAAUAUCUCACCUUUAGUACCAUCCUUGGAUUAUCAGCUUUCAUUUGACACCUCAUUUGUCAUUCUACCUGGUAUAAUGACGGAGGAGUUAUAUUCCCGGUUGUACGGACCGACGGAAGGACAGCUUGGGUCAAAUAUCUCACCUUUAGUACCAUCGUUGGAUUAUCAGCUUUCAUUUGACACCUCAUUUGUCAUUCUACCUGGUAUAAUGAUCGAGGAGUUAUAUUCGCGGUCGGACAGACCGACGGACAGACAGCCAAGGUCAAAUAUCUCACCUUUAGUACCAUCCUUGGAUUAUCAGCUUUCAUUUGACACCUCAUUUGUCAUUCUACCUGGUAUAAUGACGGAGGAGUUAUAUUCCCGGUCGUACGGACCGACGGAUGGACAGCUUGGGUCAAAUAUCUCACCUUUAGUACCAUCGUUGGAUUAUCAGCUUUCAUUUGACACCUCAUUUGUCAUUCUAUCUGGUAUAAUGACGGAGAAGUUAUAUUCGCGGUCGUACGGACCGACGGAAAGACAGCAUAGAUCAAAUAUCUCACCUUUAGUACCAUCCUUGGAUUAUAAUCUUUUAUUUGACACCUCAUUUAUCAUUCAAGCUGGUAGUUAUAUUCGCGGUCGGAGGGGCCGACGCACAGACCGCGUAAGUCAAAUAUGUCAACUUUAGUACCAUCCUUGGAUUAUAAGCUUUCAUUUGACACCUCAUUUGUCAUUCUACCUGGUAUAAUGACGGAGGAGUUAUAUUCGCGGUCGUACGGACCGACGGAAAAACAGCCUAGGUCAAAUAUCUCACCUUUAGUACCAUCCUUGGAUUAUAAGCUUUCAUUUGACACCUCAUUUGUCAUUCUACCUGGUAUAAUGAUGGAGGAAUUAUAUUCGCGGUCGGACAGACCGACAAACAGACCGCCAAGGUCAAAUAUCUCAUCUUUAGUACCAUCCUUGGAUUAUCAGCUUUCAGUUGACACCUCAUUUGUCAUUCUAGCUGGUAUGUUGACGGAGGAGUUGUGAUUACAGACAGACGGAC